CAGAUAUCUGAUAACUGCUAUCUCUGUUGCCGGCUUCAAUUGCUAUAGAUAUUUACUAGGCUAAAACUAUCAUUCACUACCCACCAUGAACGACGAACUUGGAAUGAAAAUUGCCUACGAGGAGGCCCUUAAGAGCUACGAGGAAGGCGGUAUCCCAAUCGGCGCUGCCUUGGUCUCAGCCGAGGGAGUCGUGCUUGGCCGUGGACACAACGAGCGUAUCCAGAAGGACAACCCGAUUCUCCACGCCGAGACGUCAGCUCUCAUCAAUGCCGGCCGUGUCGAUGCUAAAGUCUACAAGACUGCCACUAUGUACUCCACCCUUGCAUCCUGCUUCAUGUGCAGCGGCGCCUGCAUUCUCUACGGCAUCAACCGCGUCGUCAUGGGCGAAAACCGAACUGUUCAGGGAGGCGAGGAUCUGUUGGUCUCCAAAGGCAUCGAGCUUAUCAACUUGAACGACGAGAAGUGCUACCAGCUGAUGCAGAAGUUUAUCAAAGAGAAACCGCAUGAGUGGCACCAGGCGCACCCCGAGGAGUUUGAGGGGUAAGCUUUCGACACCAGUUAUUCUAGACUUGUCGAUUUUUGUAAAAAGUGUGCGCGUUACGGCUGUCUUCGGAGCUGUAUAUGACGGGCUACCUCGUAUUUUGCCUCUGAUUCAAA